ACUGCUCGGCCCGACGGACGGUGAGAGGGGCUCCGCCGCCCGCCAUGCACGGCCGCCGCCCGCCCCGCUCCGCCGCUCUCCUCCUCCUCCUCCUCCUUCUCACGGCCGCCGCAGCCGCGCAGGACCGCGACCUCGGACAGCGUGGCGGACAGGUGGACAAAGUGGGCGGUCCCACUGGGACGGGGUCCCACUGGGGACAUCUCUUGGGAGUAUCACCAGCAGGAGUGCUAAUGUAUCAUACAACAGAAAUGGUGCUAUUCUUGUAAAACAAGUCUGUAUUUUUAACAUCAGUUGAUAUAAAAACAACAAAAAAAAAAAAACUUUUGGUGGAAAGUAAA